AUGGCAACAACUUUUCUGGGAUCUGCCCACGAACAGGUUACAAAUGCCUAUGCCAAUGCUCCAAGUUUUCAAAAGAUGGCUGCCCAGAUGGGAAUCACUGAUUUCCACCAGUGGGCCUCAGCCAAAGCCAUUGACCUUCACUCUCGAGCUGGACAACAGCUCGUUGAGCUGGUGCAAACCAAAGUGAAGGCGGAAUUUGGCAACGAGGUCUUUGGAAUGCUGGACGCCCUUUCAGAAUGUAUGGAAAAGAUUUCCAAGGAGCUGAAACUGAAAGAGGCAAAAUUUGGCUUGACAAUGGCGCUUCUGCUGGUUGCCAUGCAACACAACACCCUGAAGCCACCGGAACACGAAGGACCACUGACUGAUGUCGCCCUGUUGGACGAAGCCGCAUACUGGGUUGACUUUGCGCAGGGUGCAUACGGCAAAGAGGACAUCAAAGGGUACGACAAAGCAAGCGUCAAUGUCGCAAUCGGCGAGAAGCCCGGGGUGGAAGUGCGCGCCGCAAACCUUCAAAAUGCAGGGGUUCAAAUGCCCGGCCACUUUGUUGCGGUGGACAGGAACAGAAAGCUGUCGUCCUGGGAAUUCGUGGCACCACCACACUUUCAGAUGCAUUGA